AUGCGGAGUGCUGCGUGUGGGCCCUCUCUUUUUACACCGGUGAAGGCUCCAAAGAAGCCUCGAGGGCGGGAAGUUUGUGCAUCCGCCAGGGCAACAUGGUCACAGUCGACCCGGCAGCUCAAGAAAUGGUUCAGAACACGGGGCCUGUGCUGUACUUCUUGGUGCGUGCCUUACAGCACCUCCCCUACUGGUGGGGCUCGGCCACACGCUAUCUCACGCUCCGCGAAGAAGACAGGGGUCUCUACCAGCCAGGUUGUGACCUGGACACAGUUUUCCAGCAGCUCCAAGACGAAGGAGGGCUCAAAGGCUUUCAGGGGCCGGAACACGAAAGUCAUCAUCUAUUCGCAGAAGGGGCGCUACAUUGACCAAUUCUCCAACUACUCCAAGCGCGUCGACAGCCGGUUUGACGAGGAAGAAGUGCUGUUCCUGCCGUUCACUCGUCUCCUUGUGUUGAAGAGCGGUCUGGAGCCCGCCCAUGGCGGCGACACGCAAUUCGUCGUGUAUUGCCGUGAGCUUGAGCUGGGUAUUACCAGAGUUAUUGGCGGCACUCCUUGUGGCUUACCUCUUCUGUGGGUGGACGAUAAUAUCCACGAGGAGACUUUUGAGAUGAAGGAGCACAUGCAGAAAGCGCAGAUCUGCCAUCGGCAGGAGAUCAAGUUCAUCUUGAAGCGCAGCACAGAACUGGCCCUGGCUUACAUGAAGUCCCCCUUCGGACAAUCACAUUUCGAGAACUCCAACUUGCGCGUGACGUCCGACAUGACCCGCGACGAUGACAGGGAAGCCGGCGCGAAACUUGCCCUUGCGCUGGAGGAGCUCAACUUUCAGGGGCCCAUGAUGAUCUUCACAGGCUCCAUGGAUUGGGCGGCUGAGUCUUUGGUACGACUCGGCUGCAGUCGAAAAGUAGUCAAGACGACAAAAGAUACUUUUCUUCGGCGAGAUGUGAUUCAUGUGGUCGUGGCCGUGAGCCCGGUGGGCCUGCACCACGAAGCAAUCAUGCUGGUUGCAAUCAUCUUGGUUGCCCCCUGUGUUUCAGGUGAGGAGCGGUACUCGCGCCAGGCGCUGAGCCCAGCUGACGCCGCGACGGAGUCGUAUUUCUCCCCGACCGACUUCGUCCCGCAGUGGAGUGCGGCGCUACCUUGGCCACAGAAGCUUCGGAUGUGGCUACAGUCCAGCAGGUUUGAGAUGCUGAUCACCACUGUGCUCUGCAUCAACGUGCUGUGGAUGGCGCUUGAACUGCAGAUCUACGGCUCCUACAGGGGUUACGAGGUGGGCGUGGUCGCAGAGAGCCCACUGCCCUUGGACUGGACGUCCAGCAUCGACAUCGCGUUCCGGAUUGGUGAUGGCAUCUUCACCGGCUUCUUCGUCCUCGACGUGGUCGCGCGGAUCAGCCUGCUGCGAAUGGAGUUCUUCAAGGUUUGCAUGAACUACCUUGAUCUCGUCGUGACUGCUGCAUCGGUGGUGGAGCUCACUGCCUCGCAGAUGACCAUGAACCCUAUGCUGUUCCGACUCCUCCGCAUCGGCAAGCUGGCGCGAGUGCUUCGGAUGGUCACCAUGAGCAGCGUCCUGUCUUCCUUGGAGCUGCUGAUCAAGUGCCUCAGCGCCAGCCUUGACAUGCUCCUGUGGACAUUCUGCCUGCUCACGUUCAUCCAGUGCGUGGCCGGGAUGGUGGUCAGCACACUCUGCAGCGACUUUCUGAAGGAUGCGGGCCAGAACAUCCAGCUGCGGGAGGAGGUGUACCGAUACUACGGCACCUUUACGCGGACCUUCCUGACCAUGUUCGAGAUCCUGUUCGCGAACUGGGGCCCUCCCUGCCGGGUCUUGGUGGAGAACGUCAGCGAGUGGUUCUCCGUCUUCUUCCUUCUCUACCGAUGCGUGCUGGGCUUUGCGGUUUUAAAUGUCGUGAACGCUGUGUUUGUGCAGCAGACGAUGAAGACCGCGAGCUCGGAUGAGGAGCUUGCUUUCAAGCAAAAAGAGAGGGACAUGGCGGCGUAUGCACGGAAAGUGCGGCGCUUGUUUCAGACCAUGGACGACUCGCAUGAUGGGGCUAUCAGCUUGGAGGAAUUCUCGAAGUUGGUCAAGUCGCCCAAGCUGAAGUUCUGGAUGAGUCAAUUGGA